AUGUCCGGAAAAGUGUCGCUCAAUCGAAAUGCCGAAGACAAGGGCCCUGUGGCACUUGGCAUUGUCAUCUCUAUGUUGGUCCUCAGCACCCUCUUCACCGCUGGAAGACUCUUCAAGUCGGGAGCGAUACUCUGGACCAUUGCUGGCUUUCCUCCUGGUGUCAUGUCUUUUGGACUCCCGAAGCUUGCUGUUGUCGCGCUCCUCACACGGAACAUGAAUCCCAGCAAAUGGCAUGCUCUUUUCCUGUGGUUCAUCGCCUGUUUCUGUCUCAUCAACUUGAUUGGAUGCGUAAUUAUUCUUUUUGCCCAAUGCCAACCUUCUCACUCGCAGUGGGACUUUUCAGUCACAGACAAGACGUGCUGGGACAAGUGGAUUCUGGUUUACUUUGCCAUCUACUCUGGAGGCUUCUGCGCGCUUGUAGACCUUUACUUGGCCAUCUAUCCAGCCGUCGUCCUCGCGAAGCUACAGAUGAGCGUGAGAAAGAAGGUAGCUCUGAGCAUCGCUCUUGGGAUUGGGUCAAUGUGCGUGUUGAGGCUGAAUCCUUUUUGCUUCCUGAUGGCAACCAAAACUGACAUUCUUGACAAAAAGCUCAUCGAUCGUUGCUACAUACAAAUGCUCUCGGCUUCCAAGUCUCGCAAGCUUGGACUUCUCAUAGUCGAGGGCAGCACGAUGAUCAUCGCCGCAUGUAUUCCCGUACUCCAACCCCUCGGCGACCUCAUCUUCGGCAAGCGCAUUUUCAGCUCUGGUGGAGGACGGUAUACGUAUGAGAACUAUGGUUCGGGUCCGAGUGGUCAACAUCGAUCUGAUAUUGAAAUGUCUCGAUCAAAGGAAGUGAAGAAAAGAGUAGCUAGAAGGCAACAUGACGCUGCUGCGAUCAGCUUUGACGAUAGGGUAACAACAACGACGGUCACAAAGGGAAGUCAAGAGAGCAUCCUGCAAGGGAAAAACAUGUACAGAAGUAUUGUAAGAACGGACUUAAUCAGCAUCAGUAUUGAGUCGAGCAAGCCUUGA